AGAGAUUUAACCGCCCACCCCACUAGGAGAAAAUCUGCCCAGCGCUCUGCUCUCAGCUCCUCACUUCUUGCCUCUUGCCCCUGCUGAACUAAUCUCUGGUGUUGACACAGCUCCAGCUCCGAUCCUGCAUUUCAAAAUCCUCCCGGCCCCCGUGCACGGUAACGGCCCAGUUAAUCUUCCACAAACAAGAGAAAAUCUGCAGAUGCUGGAAAUCGAAGCAACACACACACACACACAACAUGCUGGAGGAACUCAGCAGGUCAGGCAGCAUCUAUAGAAAAAAGUACGGUCGACAUUUCGGGCUGAGACCCUCAGCAGGACUGUUAAUCUUCCACCCGUCGAGGGUCUGACUGCCCACACGAGUCCCAGUCACCCCUCCACACUUUCAAACCGGGAAAAAGUAGCGGAGGUGCCGGGGUGCGAAAGGACGGGACUCCGGACAGGUAAUGAGCGAGCGGCCGCUGGCGGCGGGGGCUUUGCCCCGGGAGGUGCGGGAGCAGCUGGCGGAGUUGGAACUGGAACUGUCAGAGGGAGACAUCACACCGAAGGGAUAUGAGAAGAAGAGGGCCAAACUCCUGGCACCUUUCCUCGCACAGCCCACAGGCUCAGAUCCCACCCCACCGAGUGACCGGCCACCACAGCCCGCCCCCUCACGUUCUCGCCGCUGCAGGUCUCGGGGCUCUCGGGAUGAGCGAUAUCGUUCUGACAUCCACAUGGAAGCGGUACAGGCAGCACUGGCCAAACACCGAGAGCAGAAGCUGGCGCUGCCCAUGCCAACGAAGAGACAAUUGGUGUCUGGAAAGACCCCAGCUAAACCGGCCACUCCACCAGACACGUCCAGCGCCUCUGAGGACGAGGGGUCUCUUGGUACCGGUGGUCUGCAUCCAGUGGGCUCCCAGGACACUGCGACCUCAGACCACUGGAUCAACCAAUCAGUGCAGGGCUCCUCCACCUCCUCCUCAUCUGCCUCGUCCACUCUGUCGUACAGUGAGGGGAGGGGUUCUUCGCCAGGUGGGGCUCUGCUGGGAGAUGUCGCUGCCUUCCCACGCACUGAGAACCAGACGGCUCCCCCGGAUGUCACCUCCACGUCUGGGUCGGAGGGUGUGGGGAGCCAGGACCAGCGACCCCCAUCUGUGCACCGUCUGAGCCAGGAGCCGGUCCUGGACACAGCAGCAGCUCCCUCCCCUCCCCCAGUGAACAGCCGUGUGUCGGUAAAGAUCCAACAGUUGGUGAACACCCUUCGCCGUCCAAAGCGCCAGCCGCUCGCUGAGUUCUUCCUCGACGACUCGCAGGAGAUUGUUGAAGUGCCCAGCACCGACACCCAGCAGCCACGGGCGGAGGGCAGUCCCAUGACCUCAGUGCGGGGGGAGCCCCUGGGUGCCGUGGGGAACUGGCCCCCAACUCUCGAGGCUGCCCUGCAGCGCUGGGGCACCACCCAGGGGAAGGCGCCCUGCCUGACUGCACUGGACUCCUGUGGGAGGGCUGGGACCACUCUCACCUACGGGAAGUUGUGGACACGGAGCCUGAAGCUGGCGUACACCCUCCGGCACAAAUUGGGCAUGCGCAGCGAGGUGACUGUUUCCCCCGGAGACCGGGUGGCUCUGGUCUACCCCAACAGCGAUCCUGCCAUGUUCCUGGUGGCAUUCUGCGGCUGUCUCCUUGCUGAGGUGGUUCCUGUCCCCAUUGAGGUCCCCCUCACCCGGAGGGACACGGCUGACCCGCAGCUGGGCUUCCUGCUGGGCAGCUGUGGGGUGAGCUUGGCCCUCACCACCGAGGCCUGUCUGAAGGGGCUGCCCCAGAGUCAGGGCGAGGUCACCCCCUCCAGAGGGUGGCCACGGCUGAAGUGGGUGGUGACUGACUCCCGGUACCUGGUCAAACCCUCCAAGGACUGGAGACCCUCGUUCCGACUGGCAGGUCCUGAGCCAGCCUACAUAGAGUACAAGACCAGUAAGGAAGGCAGCGUGAUGGGUGUCUGUGUCUCGCGUAUCGCCCUGUUACGACACUGCCAGGCCUUAACGCAAGCUUGCAACUACAAUGAAGGGGAAACGGUGGUCAACGUGCUGGACUUCAAGAAGGACGUGGGUCUGUGGCAUGGCGUGCUCACAAGUCUGAUAAACAAAAUCCACACCAUCAGUGUUCCUUAUGCUGCCAUGAAGGCAUCACCCCUCACCUGGGUCCAGAGAGUGGCCGCACACAAAGCAAAGGUGGCUCUGGUGAAAUGCCGGGACCUUCACUGGGCCAUGGUCGCCCAACCAGAGCACCGGGACUUCAGCCUCUCCUCCCUACGACUGCUGAUCGUGGCCGAUGGUGCCAACCCAUGGUCCGUGUCCUCCUGUGAUGCCUUCCUCAGCGCCUUCCAGAGCCGGGGCCUGAGGCCCGACGCCAUCUCUCCCUGUGCCUCCUCACCCGAGGGUCUCACCGUGGCCAUCCGCAGGUCGGGACAGCUGGGAUGUGGGGACCGCCGGGCCGUGCUGUCCUUGGAAGGUCUCAGCCACGGGCUGGUCCGCGCCAACCCUGAGGACAAGAGCAGCGCACUGACUGUGCAGGACGUGGGACCCCCACUUCCCGGAGCUACGCUUUGCAUAGUCAGACUCCAGGGACCCCCAGAGCUGUGCCGGACUGAUGAGGUUGGAGAGAUAUGUACCAGUAACCGGGUGAAUGGCUGCCAAUAUUAUGGACUGCCUGGCCUGACCCGCAACACUUUUGAGGUCUUUCCUAUCAACUCUGAGGGCGCUCCCAUCAGUGAAGCUCCCUUCGUACGGACAGGAUUAUUGGGAUUUGUGAGCCCCGGUGGUCUGGUGUUUGUGGUGGGGAAAUUGGACGGGCUGAUGAUGGUGAGCGGCAGGAGACACAACUCAGAUGACAUCGUGGCCACGGCCCUGGCUGUUGAGCCGAUGAAGACUGUUUAUCGGGGAAGGGUGGCAGUGUUCUCGGUGACGGUUCUGUAUGAUGAGCGUGUUGUGCUGGUGAUUGAGCAGCGACCUGAUGCGGCUGAAGAUGAGAGUUUCCAGUGGAUGAGCCGCGUGCUGCAGGCGAUUGACAGCAUCCACCAGUUGGGCGUGUACUGCCUGGCCCUGGUGCCGGCCAACACCCUCCCAAAGACGCCGCUGGGGGGGAUCCACAUUCCCCAGACCAAGCAGCGGUUCCUGGAGGGAGCUCUUCACCCAUGCAACGUGUUACUGUGUCCCCACACCUGUGUCACCAACCUGCCAAAACCCCGGCAGAGGCAACCAGUGGGGGUUGGACCUGCGCCGAUGAUGGUGGGGAAUCUCGUGGCUGGAAAGCGGAUUGCGGAGGUGUCUGGCAGAGAGCUAGUGGAGGACCUGGAAUGUGGAAGGAAGCUCCAGUACCUGUCAGAGAUACUCCAGAACCGAGCUCAGUCCACCCCAGAUGAUACCCUCUUCACUCUGCUCAGUGCCAAGGGGACACCAGCCUGUUCAGUGAGCUGCCUCCAACUGCACCGGCGAGCAGAGAGAGUAUCCGGUGCACUGACCGAGCGGGGCAGGUGCACGGCCGGGGACGUGGUCGUCCUGCUCUACCCCCCCGGGAUCGAUCUCAUCGCUGCUUUCUAUGGCUGCCUGUACACAGGAUGUGUCCCAGUGACUGUGAGGCCCCCCCACCCACAGAACCUCACCGCCACCCUCCCCACCGUUAAAAUGAUUGUGGAGGUCAGUAAAGCGGUCUGUGUCCUGACUACACAGCCGAUCUGCCGUCUGCUGCGCUCCAGGGAGGCCGCGGCGGCAGUGGACAUCCGCAGUUGGCCCCAGCUCAUCGAGACGGAUGACCUUCCGCGGCGGAAAGUGCCAGAGGUCUACACCCCCCCCACACCCGAGAUGUUGGCCUAUCUGGAUUUCAGUGUGUCCACCACGGGAAUGCUGACUGGUGUCAAGCUCAUCGGAACGCGUGAACCGCUUGCCGCAGAAGAGCCAGUUGCAGACAAAGGGCCUCUCGCCCGUGUGCCACCGCAGGUGGGCUCGCAGAUCUCCCACGGGGCAGUGAGCACUCUAUGCCGAUCCGUCAGGCUGCAGUGUGAGCUGUACUGCUCACGCCAGAUCGCCCUCUGCCUCGACCCCUAUGGCGGCUUCGGCUUUGCACUCUGGUGCCUCUGCGGGGUGUACGCGGGACACCACACACUGCUGAUUGCACCGGCGGAGCUGGAGAACAACUUGUCGCUUUGGCUGAGUGUGGUCAGUCAGUACCGCGUGCGCGAUACCUUCUGCUGCUACGCCGUCAUGGAGCGGUGUACGCGUGGCCUCGGAACGCAGACCCACGUCCUCAAGGUGCGAGGGGUGAACCUGUCGUGCGUGCGGACUUGCGUGGUGGUGGCGGAGGAGAGACCGCGCACCAGCCUCACCCACUCCUUCUCGAAGCUCUUCAAGGACCUGGGGCUCUCACCGCGGGCCGUCAGCACCACCUUUGGCUCCCGAGUCAACCUCGCCAUCUGCCUACAGGGAACAACAGGACCUGAUCCCACCGUGGUGUAUGUGGACUUGAAGGCCCUGAGGCAUGACAGGGUGAGGUUGGUUGAACGUGGAUCCCCGCAGAGUCUCCCCUUGAUUGAGUCUGGCAAGAUAUUACCAGGGGUCCGGGUGAUCAUCGUGAACCCAGAGACCAGGGCACCCCUGGGAGACGCCCAUCUGGGUGAGAUCUGGGUGAACAGCCUCCACAACUCUAGCGGCUACUACUCCAUUGAGGGCGACGACUCCCCUCGAACUGGACACUUUGAUGCCCGGCUCAGUUUCGGAGACACACAGACAUCCUGGGCCAGGACCGGGUACCUGGGCUUUGUCCGGCGCACCGAGCUCACCGUAGGAGGUGGAGACCGACACGACGCUGUGUAUGUAGUGGGUGCACUGGACGAGACUCUGGAGUUACGGGGACUCCGUUACCACCCUAUUGACAUCGAGACCUCCGUCUGCAGGGCCCACCGAGGCAUCGGGGAGUGUGCGGUGUUCACCUGGACCAACCUGUUGGUGGUGGUAGCAGAGCUGACCAGCUCGGAGCAGGAGGCUCUGGACCUCGUGUCACUGGUGACUGGAGUGGUCCUGGAACAGCACUCGCUGAUCGUGGGCGUGGUGGUGGUUGUCGACCCCGGGGUUGUGCCCAUCAACUCGCGUGGCGAGAAGCAGCGCAUGCACCUGAGGGACAGUUUCCUGGCUGACCAACUCGACCCCAUCUACGUCGCCUACAACAUGUAGUCCCGGCGGGAGGGAAGGGGGUGGUCAGGGCACGGGGGCGGGGAAGGUGCUGCUCGUUUGCGGUGAAUGGGGGAAGAUGAGGGUGCCCGUUGGUGGAUGGGGGGAGGGAGAAUGCUGCCAUUGUUGGAUGGUGAUGGGUGCCUCAUCUGUUGGCUAGUUAAAAGGGUGCCUGUUGUUGGGUGGGUAGGGAAAAGAGUCCCAGUGGGUGUUGUGUGUUUGUGUGUCGGGUGCAGGUCUGGUCAAUCAGUGAUGGACUUUAGAGUUUUGAGACAAAGUCCAGCCCCAAGGGAUCUCCAACCCAUUUCCUGCACUCUCUUGUUCCCCCCACCAUCACCACAACCCAGGACAGUUCUCAUUCUUUCUGCAUCAGUUGGGAUCACCCCCCAUCCCUCUUCCCCUUUCCUCUCCUACCUUCUCCCUCCCCCUCAUCCCCUUUCUCCUCCUCCCCCUCCUCCCCUGUCAUUUCCCCUCCCCUUCCUGCCAUUUCCCUUCUCUCCCACCCUCCCCUUUUCUACCCCUCCCCCUUCUCUCCCAUCCUCCCCCUUCACUCCCCCCUCUCUUCCCUAAUUCCCUCCAUCUAACCUCUCCUCUCCCUCUCUUACCUCCUCCCUCCCUCCUGCUCGUUCCCUCCUUCCAUUAUCCACGUCCUCCUUCCUACCUUCCCUCUUUGCUCCUCCUUCUGACAACUAAACAUGAGCUGUGACCCUGGUGCAUUCGCUUCAGAGUGGAUGGAGGUUUGUGUGGUCGACCUCUUUAUCCCUCCUGCACUCUCUUGCCCCCCACCUUGUGUAAAUAUACACAAUGAUAUAUGUAAUUUAUUCAUAAUUUAAUGUUCAUCAACUUGUCCCGUAUGUGAUCCACCCUGCCUGCGUUCCUUCUGUACAGUCUGAUCCAGCCCUCCUUCCCCAAGCAUCCAGUAGAAAGCAGUCCUGCAGGGAGUCUACACGCAAAGACUUGUGCAUGUCACAGGGCGUACCACAUCAGAGAAAUCUGUGGGUGUUCUUCAUGCUGGGCACCUGAUGCUUGAUGUCUGUCUGUGCAUGAGGCUUUGGAUUCCAGCAUCUGCCUUUUUUCCUGUCUCUGCACCCCAGUAAAUAUCCUCCACACCUCUCCUGGCACCUCCCAUGUCCAACCAUGGGUCCUCACCGUACUCAACUAGGUCCCUUACCCCAAUUGGUCCAUGCUGACCUUGAUAUCUAUCUUCCCUGAUCCCAUUAUCACUGUAACCCUCUGCACCUGUCCCAUCCAAGUACCUGCCCUAACAUUGGAAUUGUCCCCUCCUCCACCACCUCCUCCAGGAGCUCAUUCCACCUACUCACCAGCCUCGGUGUGGAAAACCUUUCUCUCAGAUCUCCACUCUCACCUUUAGAACUAUUAGACUCACCAACCUUGUGACCACCCAUGUUAACUGAGCCCCUCGUGAUUUUAUAAACCCCAGCUCCUGCAAUCCAAGGAAAACAGUUUCAACCUCUCCUUAUAGCUCCAAUCCUUUGUGAACUUCUUCUGCACCCUCUCCUGCUCAAUCCCAUCCACCCUAUCGUUGCGAGACCAGAACUGUACACAGUACUCCAGGUGAGGUCACAACAAUGUCUUGUGUAGCUGGAACACGACAUCCCAACCCCUGUAGUCAGUGCCCUGACUGAAGGCCAGCAUGCCAAACGUCUUCUUCACCACACUGUCCACCACUAUGUUUAAUAUCCCUAAUAGCCCAGAAAAUAGUUCAUCAAACACUUAUUUGCCAGGCUCAAUGUCUGUCCCAUCCAUGUAUAUGUUCAAGGGUCAACUCUGCCAGCCCUCUCCCACAUCCCCCAACAAGUUCCAUGGAUUAGAUAGUAAAAGACUGUCUGGUCUAUCUAUGCCUCUCAUAAUCUUAUAAACCUCUAUCAGGUCUCCCUUCAGCCUCCUCCACUCCAGAGAAAACAACACAGGUCUCUCUAACUCUUCCCUCCUACAUAGCUGUCCAUAUUACUUCCAUUCAUUGGUCUCUUCAAUGUCCUUAAUGUAUCUGCCUCUACUACUACCUCUAGAGUGUGUUCCAGGCACCCACCACUCACAAGGGUUUUUUAAAAAAAAAAGUUAACCUCUGAAUUCCCCCUGAAUUUUCCUCCAAACACAUUAAAAUGGUGCUCUCUUGUUUUAGCCAUUGCCACCCUGGGAUAAAGGUGCUGGCUGCCCACUCCAUCUUCUCCAUCAAGUCACCUCUCACCCUCCUUCACUCCAAAGGGAAAAGGCCUAGCUCACUCAACCUAUCCUCAUAAGACAUGCUUUCUAAUCCAGACAGCCCUGCGCAUCUUCUCUAAAGCUACCACAUUAGUGACCAGAACUGAACACAAUAUUCCAAGUGUGGCCCAAUCAAGAGUUUUACAGAGCUGCAACAUUACUUUGCAGCUCUUGAACUCAGUCCCUGACUAGUAAAGACCAAUGCACCAUACACCUUCUUAACAACCGUAUCAACUUGUGCUGGAUCUAUUGAUGUGGACCCCAAGAUUCCUCUGUUCCUCUACACUGCUAGGAAUCUUGUCAUUAACCCUGUAUUCUGCCUUCAAAUUUGACCUUCCAAAAUUAAUCACUUGCCACUUUUCUGGGUUUAACUCCAUCUUUAAGUUUGGCCCCUCCUAGGAAUUCCUCUCUGCCCUGGAUUGUGGGAUAUAGGUUCCCUGAGUUUCAGCAGGGAGGAGUGUAAAUCCAGCAAUUACCCAACAGCCCCUCACUGACAGGAGGGAGGGGGGAGGUGAAGUGACAGGGAACCAGAGGAGGUUGGGGAGGAUAGGGGAAGGGGAGGAUAGUGGAAAGGGAGAACAGGGAGGUAGUUCCCAGUGACUGACCACAGAGCCAGUGAGGGCUUUUGGUGGUGUGUGCCCUCUCCUGGAAGGUGUGGGGGUGACCCUACUCCCACCCAACCUACCUCUGUACAUUUUACUGUCUGUUUUAUAUCAAGAUGGCUGGAGAUUAAAGAGA